CUAACUAGAGAACAUAUACAUACACACACAUGUAGUGAGAGAGAGAGGGGGUGGUUUUUGGUUUCUCUUUGGUUCCUUUCUGAUAUGCCAUAUUUGCAUCUCAUGCACCAAUUCCUCUGUAACCGUUAUUAUUUUUGUGAAGGGGUUGGAGAGAAAAAAGGACACUGAUCAGUGACUACUGUUUGGUUGCUACUACUGAAAAUGGACUACAGCAAUGACAACAAGGAGCCAUGGGAUUGGCAUAGGGAGGAUUAUUGUCUCCAAAGGAGUUUCGAUUAUGAAAAUUCACAAGGGCUAUGGAAUGGAGUUCCUCAAAAUGAAGAUCUUUCCAAUGUGUUCAAUGAUGAAACAACCCCAGUGAAAGCUUGUGGGGACUUUGCAUACAAUGUCAAUAAUAGUGGGAUAUAUCUGUGUACAUCUAUCUACCCUCCCCAGGUUCCACUAGAGUUACAAAAGGAAUCAGACAAAUGUUUGAAGAGUUCUGACCAAAUUAAGAGAAGGCGGAUGCUACAAUUCAAUACUCAAGAUGGGGGUCAUUUCCUCUCCAAUGAACAUAUGUCUUCAGCAUAUUUGAAAGGGAAGGAGGAGUCAAAUGAGGAUGUUUUCCCUGAAUUAUCACAUUGGGUUUCUGGGGCAUCAGGAAGUGCAUCUGCUUCCAAUUAUGAGGACCUUGAGUCAGCUGAAGGGUGGCUAGCAGAUUGCUUUAAGGAUGCUGAAAUGCAAUUAUGUCCCGAUGAUUUGAAUUUUUCUGGGGCAGAUGCUGUUCAAAUUGAUGUUGCAGAUCUGUGCAACUUCCCACCUGCGUGUGAACAAAAUGUGCUUCAGCAUCAUGUCACCCAAACUCCCAAAAAUAUUGUCUUCAAAGGAGGAAAAUCAUUUAUAGAAACACCGACAAAGCUAGCUGCUUCUGUGGCCUAUCCAUUUACCUUCAUUAAACCCUGUGGUGCCCAUGGAGAUGUCACUCUGAAGGAAAUAAAUCAGCGCAUUCUGUCUCCACCACCUCCUUUGAAGUCCCAACAAAGUAUGGAAGAUCCAUCAGCUUACCCAAAAUCAGCAUUUUCUGGGAAGCCUGUAGUUGGAAAAACAAAAAUUCACAUUGAAGGGGGAAAAGGUAGCAUCACCAUUAUGAGAACCAAAGGCUAAGCCUUAAGUCUUUAGUACUAACUUCUGUCUUGGGUCUGGCCUCAUUUUCUGUAUGUAAAGCACCUGGUAAUUUAUAGUAGGUAUUGCAAUUUUUGUUCUUAUUGGCAUCUAUAAAUAACACUACCUUAGUGUUUGUAUUCUAGGUGAGGAUCUAGAUGACUGUGGCUUUUCUCUUGGUAGAUGUUCUUGUUUGAGCUAAUUCGGCAAUGAGAAUUUUGAUCAGUCCCGAUGCUUUGGCUCAUAAAAACUAAUGUAACUUGCUUUAGAAUUUGAAUCUAUGAUAUUUGAGAA